AUGGGCCCCAUGAUCCAGCAGAUGCAGUCGGCCUGCGGAGCAUGUGGGGGGAAUGGCAAGUCUUUCACAACUAAGCAGGAGAGGGAGGUGCUUGAGGUUCACAUCCAAAAGGGCGCCCCCGACGGUCACAAGGUGACCUUUCGCGAGAUGGCGGACGAGCAUCCCGACGCGGACGCCGGCGACGUGAUCUUCGUCCUGAAGCAGCAGGAGCAUGCCGAGUUCAAGAGGAAGGGCGCGGACCUUUUCAUCGAACGUAAGAUAUCGCUUGUGGAGGCGCUCUGCGGCUUCGAGCUCACCAUCACGCACCUUGAUGGUCGCAAGCUGUUCAUCAAGACCGCGCCUGGUGAGAUCGUGAAGCCACCUCCGCGCGGUGUGGACCCACUGUCGAAGGAAGAGGCCAAGACUGACUGGGAGGUCAUGGAGGAUUGUGACUGCCCGAGCAUCGACAACGUAGCUCAGGCAGACACGACUGACGUGGACACCCUCAAGAAGGCGGUAGAGACCCAGCUUAAGCGCAAGGGUAUCGAUGUUGGAGUUUUUGUCGUUGACGGGAGCCGAGCGUACUUCAAGCAAUGCACUAGACAGGAGGCGCUCGCGGCUAAGAAGACGAAGAAGGGCUCCACGAUGUACAUCGUUUCGGACCCCGAUGCCAACAAGUCCUUCCGGAUGAUGAAGGCAGUGAAGGGCGAGGGUAUGCCCACGGUCAAGAAUCCUUUCGUUCAUGGCAACCUGUUCCUGAUCCUUACCAUCGAGUUCCCGGACUCGCUGUCGCCAGAUAUUCAGGGUCAGCUGAAGGGCCUGCUGCCGCCGCCGCUGAACAAGGCGACUCACAAGGAGGACGACCAGACUGUCGAGAUCCACACCGUGACCGACAUCGACCCCGUGACCUCCUUCAACGCCAACAAGGCUAACAUGCAGGGCGGCGGGGAGGCCUACGACGACGAGGACGAUGAGGGCCCCCGCGGGGGCGGUGGGCCCGGCGGGGUCCAGUGCCAGCAGCAGUGA